CCGCUCACAUCAAAAUUUUUCCGUAACCCCAAAAAACUUCUCGUGAAGCGUAUUGGGCGACAUCAUAAGUAAUUAAAAUUUCAAAAAAGUAUCCAAAAAAAGAGCAAAAUGCCCAGCAAAAAGGCCGACAAGUGCGACAAUGGCGAUCGUAAUCUACACAAGAUCAACAAGAACAAGGACAGUUGUGCCAAGUCGUGCGGCGUUCAAGCGCCUGGGCCGAAGUACAACCUGAGAGCCGUGGUGGGUUAUAAGGACCAUUGCCACUCGAAGUGGCGCGAGCCGGCCUACACGAUCGGCCAAAUAGUCCCGGCCAGAAGGAGUUGCCUGGGGCCCGGACCAGCCAAGUACAUGAUCAAACCGCCGGGCAUUCCCGGCUACACCUUUCCGAAAGCAGUACACAAUCCAGCCAAGAGCUGCAGUCCGGGACCGAAGUACGACCUGCCCGGCUUUUGGGCGCCGGCGUUCUCGAUCGUGCCGAAGCCCAAGAGCCGCUGCCCGCCACCGACCUCCGGACCUUACGAUCCACCGAUAUAUCCACCAGGACCGUCAUUCGCGUUCGCCGGCAAGCCCAAGGACAAGCCGUGCCAGUUCAGUCCGCCGAUUCGCGAUCCCGGCCCGCUCUGCCUCGUCUACCAGUGUCCGCCCAAGUUCAGCAUAGGCACGCGGCCCAAGUCGAGGCCCCGCUGCGACGGACCCGGACCGGCCAAGUACUUCCCGCAACGCCUGAAAUGCUGCAAGAGGCCGGGCUACACCUUCGGCGUCAAGUUCCACGAGUGCGUGAGACUGCCCAAGGUCGAGUGCGACGACCAGUGCUGAGCCACAGAGAUUGAACUUUAUAUUUGGGCGUGUUGCGAAUGUACGUGCCCUUGUCGGCGCAGCAAAAAAAGAGAAAAAUG